CGUCUGACUGGAUGAUCUCCUGAUGGAACCUCCUUCGUAUGAGGAGGCCAGUCGCCAGCCUCCUGCUGGGGUGACAGAAACUUUCACCUUCUCCCCUCCCCCAGCGUACGACGCCUCCCUACCGUCCCCCUCAACACCUCCACCCACCUACGGAGAAGCAGUUCAGCCAAAUCCAUUUCCUGUCCUGGCUCCUCCCUCAGUGCCAACUGCAGUGACCUCAAACCACCAAAACAUCGGAGUCACGGUCCAUCCAGUCACACAAAUCGGUGUAACGGCGCCUCGCAGGGGCAUGCGGACUCAGACGGUUGUGACUCAGCCUCAGCCGGUUCCUGUCUUGGUGCCGUCCCUGAGAGACUCCCCUGCUUUGGUUCGAUGCCCACACUGCCACCACCUGGUCACCACUAAAGUCCAGUAUGCUCCUGGAAAAGCUGCUUGGUGCCUGUGCAUCCUCCUCACACUGAUGGGGCUGGUCUGUGGUUUCUGUCUCAUUCCACUGAUGGUUCGUGGAUUACAGGAUGCUCAUCACUCCUGUCCGCGGUGUGAAACUCCGCUGCAUAUUUACAUGAGAUGA